AUGACUCCGGAGGUGAAGAGGGUGGAGGUCCGGAAGUCGGGUCGGGGUCGGGUAUGCACGGAUAUGACAGAAGCUCCAGGAAAGGCACCUGGUUAUGAGUCACAUGUCAAACAGACCAUAUUCCAAUUGAAGCCAACCCUCCUCAUUGUGGAUGAAAUCCAUAACCAUCAGAAGCACCCAGUGAAGAUGUACCCUCUUUGUGAUGCUGCUACAUUCAUGAUGGGGCAUUCAGGAACACCACUUGUGAUGGAACCCCAGGACCUCUUGAACAUUGGGCUCAUGCUAGGUGUUCCUGACAUGAUGACCUUGAAUGUCACAUCAUCUCAAAAUGAUGCCCGACAAACCAUUCAAAAACUCACUGCCAAUUCCAAUUCCAACAGCAGAGAGAUGCUGUCCAAUGCCAUCCUCUCUGGCAAUUUCAUCCAGCUCAGCCAGAAUUCUGACCUCCAAAUUGCCCACAGCCUCAUGAGAGAUUCCAUUCUCUCCUUCAAACAGAAUUUCAACGGCUACAUCCUUUGA